UCCACAUUGAACCCAGGAAAAGUCAGGAAAACCCGCCCGUGGGUCGCGGAACGCCGUCCGUGUUUUCCGAGCUGUUACUUCCCCGCGGCUCACCGGAGCGCCGCUCAACUUGUGACCGACUCUUGGCUGCUCGGAGGCGGCAGAGGAGCGUUGCUGCGCCGGGGGGGACGCCUCGCUGCGUUAUGGAGCACAGCCACUGACCGGAUCUGGGAUUAUUUCUCUCGGAUUACCCCUGUAAUUGCCCUGGUUUGGCGCGGCUUUACCUUCUUAUGUAGUGGGGAUAUAAUAACAGCUGGAAAAUGCCUGGGAAAACCAAGUACAACCUGGUGGAUGAUGGGCACGAUCUGAGGAUCCCGUUGCACAACGAGGAAGCGUUCCAACAUGGGAUCAACUUCGAGGCAAAGUACAUCGGCAGUCUGGAUGUGACGCGUCCGAGCAGCCGAGUGGAGAUAGUUGCUGCCAUGAGGCGGAUCAGGUAUGAAUUCAAGGUUAAAAACAUCAAGAAGAAGAAAGUCCACAUCGUGGUAUCUGUUGAUGGCGUCAAGGUUACCUUGAGGAAAAAGAAAAAAAAGAAAGAGUGGACAUGGGAUGAAAGUAAGAUGAUGGUGAUGCAAGACCCCAUCUACAGGAUAUUCUAUGUUUCCCACGACUCACAGGAUCUAAAGAUCUUCAGCUACAUCGCCAGAGAUGGACAGAGCAAUGUCUUCCGCUGCAACGUCUUCAAGUCCAAAAAGAAGAGUCAGGCCAUGCGUAUCGUCCGGACGGUCGGCCAGGCCUUCGAGGUUUGCCACAAACUGAGUCUGCAACACACCCAGCAAAGCACAGGACAGGAAGACUGCAAGAGUGACAAGAACGGCAACGACCUGUCAAUUGGAGCCCGAGAGCCAACAGAUGGGGAGAAGACGGUGAGCGUCGCCGAGGAGACCGACAUCGAUGCAGAAGAGGUGGUUCAGGUGCCGGCAGGCGAGGACUUGAACCUCAACAGAGGAGUGACGGAUCUCGACGCCACGGCCAAGACGCCCGACCUAAACCUGACGGAAAACAAGGCUUCAGAGGAGGCGUCUCUGCUGGUGUCCAGCCCCAGGAUGCUGCUCCCGGCAUCGAGCGCGCUCCCGCCCGGCGCGCCCCUAUCCGUCUACCACCAGAUGCAACUGCUGCAGCAGCAGCUCCAGCAGCAGCAGCAGCAGACGCAGGUGGCUGUAGCACAGGUCCACCUGCUGAAGGACCAGCUGAGUGCCGAGGCCACGGCUCGGCUGGAGGCCCAGGCUCGAGUCCAUCAGCUGCUGCUGCAGAACAAAGACCUGCUGCAGCACAUCUCCCUGCUGGUUAAACAAAUCCAGGAGCUGGAAACCAAGAUGGCUGGACCAAAUUCCAUGGGCUCUCAGGACAGUUUGUUGGAGAUCACCUUCCGGUCCACGGUGCCUCCAGUGAUCUGUGACUCGACCACGCCCAAACCCCAAGUGUCGGACGUCAACCUGCCUCCAUUUGGCGCCGGUGAUGGGACCAGCAACGCCUUUUCUUCUUCCAACGGGGCUCUUGGGAGCCCACUAGGUAGGGACCAAUGUCUACUCAAACUGGAGUGUUUCCGUUUUCUCCCGGGACCCCCGGGGCCUCCACUUCCUCAGCUCCCCUCACCUUCCCCGCCAUUCAAGACUAACUGGCCGGAGACUAAAGGGCAAGACGUGCCCAUCGCUCCAGCAAACUUCUUGUCCAGAGAAGUCAAACCUUUAUGCAGCAUGGAGUUCGCCAGGUUUCGUGAGUCCGGCAUCGCCUCAGAGUACGAGUCGAAUACAGACGACAGUGACGACAGGGAAGACGAGGGGGAGGAUGAGGAUGAGGACAUGGAAAUCUUUGGCUGGGGGACAGAUGAGGAGACAGUGAUGCUGCUCAAUGUUCUCAACAAGCAGGGAGCUCCCGACUGUCUGGGAGAUGAAAUAGCUGUGUAG